AGAUCGAAACUCGUAUGACUGUAUUUUUGAAUCUGACCACAACCACCGUUGCAAGUACUAUUCUCGAACCAGGCUAGCGGUCAGGUUUCUUGCUAUCUGACAAGACUCUCCCCUAUCCAAAAGUCGCUACCGACUCUGGAGGAACUAUUCUUACUCCUCGAUCAUCGUAGCAGCAUUACUUGGUUGCUAUUGUCAGCUAGACCAUACCAUGGACGAUACCAGAAAGCCUCAGGACUCACGUCUGCACGACCUGCCGACACCGGAGCCCGAUUCUCCUUCUUUGCUCCAUCCUAGAAGGCCUUAUGCGUUCUCGACGCUUUGUGCUACUGUAGAGAACCCAAAUUCCUCGCACAAGGACCAACAUGGAAGUUCUAGCGUGCCAAUCUAUCAAACGGCCACGUUCAAGGGUGUUGGUGGGGAAUACGAUUAUUCGAGGAGUGGGAACCCAACCCGAACUCAUUUAGCGGGCUCCGAAUCUGCUUGGGAGUUAUUAUACUCCAGUAUCUCUCCCCCUUUAUUCAGACGUCGCCGGGCAUCAGAGAACCUUAUGCCCCAUUCGUGCAGACGCUCCAUUGCCAUUGGUUUGCAUCUAGAACACGGAACACACGGCUGAUCUUGUUCUGUAGAACAUCAUAUUGCCAAGAUAUCAUCUGCUUCUCAUGCAUUUACCGUGUCAUCGGGAAUGGCUGCCCUGGAUGUCAUCACCCGACUCCUGAAGCCUGGCUGCGAAGUCAUCGCGGGAGAUGAUCUGUAUGGAGGCACGAAUCGUCUUCUGACGUACUUGCGAACCCACAUGGGUGUAACCGUACACCAUGUCGAUACUACGGAUCCCACAUCCGUAAUUCCUGUCUUGAAUCCUGGCAAGACAGCCAUGGUUUUAUUAGAGAGCCCGACGAAUCCGCUUCUCAAGGUCUGUGACAUAGCACGCAUCAGUGCAUUGGUGAAGGAGAAGUGUGAAGAAGCUGUCGUUGUUGUUGAUAACACGAUGAUGAGCCCAUACUUGCAGCGUCCCCUCGAGCAUGGUGCCGACAUUGUGUACGACAGUGCUACGAAGUACCUCAGCGGACACCACGAUCUCAUGGCUGGCGUCAUUACUUGCAACAAGGAUGACUUGGCUAAGCAAAUGGCCUUCAUCAUUAACUCGAUAGGAAAUGCUUUGACUCCGUUUGAUUCUUUCCUUCUCUUGCGAGGGAUCAAGACGCUCGCCAUCCGCAUGGAUCGCCAACAAUCGACUGCAUUGCUCGUGGCACAGAUGCUGUCCAAGCUUGGCUUUGUGACUCAUUAUCCAGGUUUACCGAAUCAUCCUGGUAAAGAAAUUCACGAACGAAUCGCCGAUGGAUACGGCGCUGUACUAUCUUUCGAGACGGGUGACAAAGAACUCAGUGAACGCAUCGUCGGAGCUACACGUCUCUGGGGUAUCAGUGUCAGCUUCGGAUGCGUCAACAGUUUGAUCAGUAUGCCUUGUGUCAUGUCGCACGCUUCUAUCGAUCCUGCUGUUCGUGCUGCUCGUGGCCUUCCAGAAGAUCUCAUUCGUCUUUGUGUGGGUAUUGAGGACCCUGGAGACCUCUUGGAUGACCUUCAGCAUGCCCUCCUCGAGGCUGGAGCUGUUACUCUAGCGGCGAACGAUUUCGUUCGUAUUCCCAACGCGGUCAACAAGGCCGUCGAGAAACUCGCCCUGGGUGAACCAAUGGUCCGCCGAGGAGGUGAACAACAAAGAGAAUGGUUCGUCAGCGCUCCUGGAAAGGUCAUUCUCUUUGGAGAACAUGCUGUGGUGCAUGGUGUGACCGCUAUCGCAGCAUCUGUCGACCUUCGCUGUUAUGGGCUAGCCUCUCCCCGGAACGACGGCAAGAUAUCUGUCCAUCUAUGCAAUAUCGGCGAUCUAUACUAUGAAUGGGAUGUCAACGAUUUACCUUGGGAUGCUGCGGUGCCAAUAUUACCGGGUGGAACACAUCCCGACAACCUAGAUCAGAGACUCCUUAAUGCUAUCGGUCGCCGUGCGUUGCCAACUCCGGACAGAUUACCUCCGAAGUCGCACAGCGCAGCAGUUGCGUUCCUAUAUCUCUACAUGACACUCACCCACGGCGGACUCAAUAAAAGGCCAUCAUUCCAUCUCACCAUUCGGUCCACGCUACCUGUUGGCGCGGGUCUUGGUUCUUCUGCCGCUUUCUCCUCUUGCAUUGCAUCCGCGAUUCUCCUAGUGAACGAACGCAUCAACAUACCGCCCCUCCCCAAGCGUUCGCGCGCCCCUAGUCGCGCAGGAGACCCGGGACACGUUCACCUCUCACACCAGGGUCGUCGUGCCAUCCCCCCGGACGUAGCCAACGAGGUUAACAAGUGGGCAUUUGUGGCUGAGAAGGUCCUGCAUGGGAACCCCAGCGGUGUUGACAACGCGGUGGUCGUGUUUGGUGGUGCGUUGGCAUACACGAAACCCGGGUAUGGCAGGCAGAGUGGCAUGGAUCAGAUUCAAGGCUUCAAAUCUUUGAAAUUCCUCCUCGUGGAUUCGCAAGUUCCUCGGGACACGAAGCAGCUUGUGGCAGGUGUUGCCGCAAAGAGGGCGGCGGAGCCCGAGGUUGUCAACGAUAUCUUACAAACCAUCCAAAGUAUCUCUGAUGAGGCCAGACGUGCACUUUCGGACCCGGAGCUCCCCAGAACUCAUUUGCUUGCAGCGUUAACGGCUCUCAUCAAUGAGAAUCAUGCACACCUAGUCACUUUAGGAGUUUCUCAUGAGUCAUUGGAGAAGAUUCGCAAGAUGACAGCCGCAAAUCCUUAUGGGUUAAGCACCAAGCUGACCGGAGCCGGAGGUGGUGGUUGUGCCGUCACUCUCGUUCCGGAUGACUUCGACGAGGCCGCAUUGCGGCAACUGGUCUCAGACCUAGAAGGAGUUAACUUCAGGUCGUACCUGACCGCCGUAGGCGGUUCAGGGCUUGGUAUUUUGUCUCCAUACCAAGCUCAUCGACCUCGGGCUCGAUCCGCUGCUGGUCGGAAUGAGCUGCAGGUUCCGAUGACUCCUCCAGAGACGCCUGGCGACGAAGAUGAGGAGAACAUCGUCUUUGAAUCUUUGAACUCGGACUUUGGUAGUGUGGAUACAUCGGAACUGUCACAAUGGGCGGAGGCACGAGGACGAUGGUUAUACGUCUAGAACACAGGGCAAACGUCGCUUUCCAGUUCGUUUCGAUCUUAGUUUGAUAUGCAGUGUGAUAUGUGUUUGUGCAUUGUGUACUCUUAGAUGUGCCCUGUUUUGAUCUGAGUGUAAUGAAAUGGACGGAGAUUCCGUUUUCGGAGGUUC